AUGCCGGUUAACGGGUGGAAGGCAUACUAUGCAGCUACUAAAACACUCAUGAAUGCGAAUUCUGAAUUCUUCGAAAUCAUGGCCGCAAAGUCACUUGACAGGAUGCGUCGACUCUGGCUUAAUGCAGACCAUGUGGUGUGCUUCCAUGAGUCGGGUGAACUUACUCAGGGUACUUAUUAUCUUCAUGUUGUCACUGCAUUCUUCUGUUUCUUUAACUUUAGUGGUUUCCGGAUAAUGGUUUUGGAGAGGUACGAGGCAGUGAUGCGAAGAUGGGAGUAUUUGUUCACUAGCUGGGAGUUUUUGUUUGAUUUAGAUGCCUUCAAUUUCUGGGUGGCGCCAGUUCUAACCAACACGGUUUGGGUCACCAUGUGCACUUACCAUCACGUGGCUAUCGACGGUCCAUUGUGCAUCGCCAAUCUGUUUCAACUCCACAAUAACCGGUGGCUCUUGGUGCACCAUCACUGCUCGAUCCACCCCAUGGGCGGUGCGGAGAAUAUUGAACAGGUUGAUUUACAUUGA